AUGCCGCUCACACGGACAGAGAGACUGGGAUUGGCAGUAGGCUCAGGGCUGAUGAGCUUUCUGGACCCUCGAAGAGGAGAUCUCAUUGCGGCAUUUGGCGAAGCCACUGCGCAACCGUACUUCAUUAAUCGUCUUCGUGACCGCAUGCUCCUACAUCCGACGGGCCGAAGAAUCCUGCGCGACAGGCCACGUUUGACGUCCACCUCGCUCGACAUCCCACGACUCCGUUCAUUACCCAAGAAUACCGUAGGCUAUGUCUACACCGAAUGGCUGGAUCGCGAGGGCGUAUCACCCGACACACGAGCCCAGGUACGAUACAUAGAUGACGAGGAAUGCGCAUAUGUUAUGCAGCGUUACCGCGAGUGCCAUGACUUCUACCACGCACUUGUUGGCCUUCCUGUCUUUCGUGAAGGCGAAGUCGCGCUCAAGGCUUUUGAAUUUGCCAACACGGGACUACCUAUGACUGGACUAGCUGUCUUAAGCGCUUUCACACUCAAGAAAGGCGAGUGGAGAAGAUUUUGGGACAUUUAUGGGCCUUGGGCGGUACGGAAUGGCGCAAAAAGUGAAGAUGUGAUAAACGUGUACUGGGAGGAAGAGCUCGAGACCGACGUGGAUGAGCUCAGGACAAGGCUCGGAAUCGAGAAGCCACCGGACCUCAGAGAUUUGAGGAAAGCUGCACGCGAGGCGAGGAAGAAGGAGAAGACUGCUACGGAAGCUGCUACUGGUGCUGCUGUAUAA